UUAAUUCCAAAAUCAAAUUAAGUUGGAUUUCGAAUUCGGAGAGAAUCGCCCGCCUGAAAUCAUGGCGGCCUCAUCACCAGCCAAGAGCAACAGCGCCGACGUCUCCGCGCCGCCCUCCUCUAAGAGCCUCCGCGGCCUUAACAAACCCAAGUGUAUCAAGUGCGGCAACGUGGCGCGUUCUAGAUGUCCGUACCAGUCAUGCAAGAACUGCUGUGCGAAGGCACAAAAUCCUUGUCAUAUACAUGUAUUGAAAGGAAACUCAUCCUUUCCGGACAAACCGUCCUCUACCAGCUCUCCUCUCUUUGACCAGCAAUCGUCUGAAACAUCUCAUUCCGGGAGUUUUCACAGACUUCGCCAACUUUCUAACAACUUUGCGCAGUUCAGUAACUUACAGACCUCAUUUCGGUCGAGGAAGCCAUUGACCAAAAAGGAUGCACAAGUCAUCAAUGAAUGGAGGUUCUCGAAGUUGAAAGAAUUUAGGGAUGGAAAUAUUGAAGCAGAGAGUGAAGCUUUUGACCGAUACAUGCAAAAUGUUGGUUUACUGGAAGAGGUUUUCCAGGUGAACUCUGAGUUUAAUGAGCAGUCUUCUGGUGAGAAGUUUGAUUCCAAUGGUGAGAACAAUGAGAGAAUGGUUCAUGACUUGAAGUCGAAGCUAAGAUCAAAUCCAGCAACAACUGAAAACUUGAGAAAAAGGAUUCAACACAUUGUAAAUCAAGCAUUGAAGAACGUAGGAAAGCCAGAUGACAUCAGUGAUACAGAAGGAGUGGGAAGAACUACCAAAAAGAUAAAGUCUUUGCAGGGAGAGAAAGCAACAGCCUUAACUGAUCUCAUUGACAAAUUAAAUAAAGCACGAAAUGAGGACGAACUGAAAGCGUGUUGGGAGAUGGCGUCUCAGGUGUUUCAGUGGAAUGCGAAAAAGAGCGAAGCGGAAGCUACAGGUGACUCUCCUAGGCCUAGCAAGGAAAAUGAUGAUUCCUAUAUCCAUUUUCCCCCAACAAAAUGGGUGAAUCCAGUCACAGUUGAUCAACAAGCUCUUUGCAGAAUCGAUGCACAAUUUUCUUCCCUUGAGGAGGUACAAGAUUUGUAGGCUGAGUUUGUUUGUUUUCAUGCAGAUUGUACACUAGCUGAUAGAUGGUUAAUUGCAAUGAAUUUAGUGUAAAAUGCCCAAGUGGGAUGUUUUAAUUUCUUGAAUUUAGCCAAUAAACUAGAAUUAAGAUUUGAUUUU